GAGUUAGAGUGGAGGGAAGAGUGAGGAAGAUAAACGAGAGGGAGAGAAGAAGAGUAGGUGAGAGGGAGAAGAGAAAAUAGUUGAAAGAGAGAGGGCAGAGCAGACUGCAUUUCCAGACAGAGUCUACUCAGAGUAGAAGAGAGAAAUAUAGAAAGGACGGAGAGAACACGGGGAUCAUGGAGGAGUCAGCAAUGAGCCAAAAUGACCUGAGUGGACCAGCUGGACAGCCAGUGAGCCAGAUCCAGCUGGAGGAGACUGGAACCAUUCACACAUACAUAACGAGCUGUGAUUUGGAGAUGACUGGGAAGGCGGGAGGUAGAGGACCUGUGAGUUCACCCAACGACAUCAACUCCAACAGCUCCACCAUUGUAUCAGACCUAUCCUCCCCUGAAUCCCAGACCCAGUCCCAGUCCCAGCCCUUCACACCACGGGCAUCUCGUACUCCAAGGAAAGCUGCUACGUUUGGGAAACGUUCUAACUCCAUGCGUAGGAACCCUAAAGCGGAGGUGACCAAACAGGGCUGGCUAUACAAACAGGCCAGCAGUGGAGUGAAACAGUGGAACAAGAGAUGGUUCGUCCUCACUGACCGAUGCCUCUUUUACUACAAAGACGAGAAGGAGGAAGGAGUGUUGGGAAGUCUUCCUCUGCUCAGCUUUGGGAUUGGAGGAGUGCAGACGUCGGAUAACAUCAGCCGAAAGCACGCCUUUAAGGUUUGGUACGAGGAAGAGGAGGAAGGUGAGAUUAAGGGCCACAUUGUGUUCUGUAUGCAGGCUGAACACGCAGGAACACGCACGUACUACUUCAGCGCUGAGACUGCUGAGGAACAGGAGGAGUGGGUCGACGCUAUGAACGAGGCAGUCCACAUACUCCCUUCAUGGAGGACCACCAACUCCGAGGCCACCACGCCCACAGCGGAACUCCAUGGUAACACCUUGGUAACCAAAGGACCUGAACCACACACCCAGACACACACACACAUCGAGGACAACAGCCAGACAACGGACUUCCAAGACGCAGAGCGCGGACCACGAAAACCCGCCCAUCACAAGGUCAACGGGGUUGGCGCCAUGGAAACGCCCCUUCCCUCCACCAGCAACUCAGAGCAGGAGGGGAGGAUGGAGGGAGAGAGGACAGGAGGGCCUGGACCUGGGGGUGCACCCCAUCCUCAUCACCAACCCAAUGGGUGGGGCCCCUACGGUCCCCCAAACGGACCCCCCCAGGGUAACGGGCGGCCGCUCCAGGGACCUCCAGAGGGAGGGAUGAGAGAGGGGAGGGAGGUGAGGGAGCAGCCUGAGAAUGUGGUGCUGAGACGGGGCUUUGUGCCACGGACGAACCCUGAGAGACAGGCCCAGAGGAAGAGUUCCAUGACCCAGCUACAGCAGUGGGUCAACCAGCGCAGAGUCAUGGCUGUACAGGAGGACAUGAACAGUACCUCCCGUUACUACACAGUGAACCGGGGUGUUCCAGCUGACUACUACAGCGUCUACGGUAGCGUGGUGGGUGGUCCAGGCUAUGUGGAGCAGUACCCCCUCUACCCCUUGGGCAUACGCCCCGACAGCAUCUGCUCUGUGUCAGCCAUGGGCUACGACCGCCUGGGCCCCCCUCGCUGGACCAACGAGGACAAGAGAUGCUCACUACGGGACGGACCCUCGCCCCCUCGAGACCCAUACGGUCCCCCACCCGGCCCUGCCUAUUACAACCAGAUGGAUGCAGCCCAGACCUCCAUGAGGCGUCUCUCCAUUCAGCCCAGGUCUAGGUCCGUCCCCAGGUCCCCUUCCUCAUCCUCGGGUGGUCCCUACUCACCCGGCCCUCAUAGCUUUGCCUCGCCCAUCCGCUCGCCCUCGGCCCGGUUUGACAGAGGACCAAGCAGGCUACAGGAGGAUGUGAUCUACGCUGACCCCUCUGUGUACGGACUGAGGAGAUCACUGAGCUCACCCAAGUAUGAUUACCCUGGAGACAGGAGGUCGCUAAGCCAAGGAAUGUACCACUACAACUACCCUGCCUCCCCCUCUCUCCACAGCAAAAUGGUGCCUCCAUUCGAUGACCCCUACAGGGAGCUGCACCCUACACUGAAUCUCAACGAGAUUGAGACCAGCAAACUUCUGGGUCGUCUGUGUGAGCAGAACAGGAUUCUAAAGGACCAGGAAGCAGUGGUCCACAGGCUGAGGAUGGACAAGGACAGCCUAGAGGGUGCGCUGGUGGCCACACACCAGGAGAUGGAGCUGUACCGGGGUCAGCUGCUGGCUGCAGACAAAUUACAGCUGAAGAAGGAGACACUGCAGAACCAGCUCAUCAACAUCAGAGGAGAACUCUCCCAGGCAUCCAGCGUUCUGACCACCAGUCGGAUGGAGUUUGAAGCUUUGGAGGACGAGGUCAAUGCUAUCCAUGGAGACCUGUGGGAACAGCUCAAUACAGGCGGGCAGAGUGAGAUGAUCCACAGACACAUUCAGAAGGAGUUCUGGAGAGUUCAGGAUGUGUUGGAAGGACUCCACAAGAGCAACCUUUCCAGAGGCACAGACACAGCCAAACACCGGGUAGCCAGUGGAACAUCAGGUUCUUUUAGCACCAAUAGUCCUGCUAGUCCCAUGAGCUCAGUAAGCCUCACCAGUCCUCUCAGCCCCUUCUCCCCAGUGCCCGGUUCCCAGGCCUCCCCCUCCAAACAACUGGGUCCGGAGCACAAGUACGGUUAUCGACAGGACAUGUCACCAGAAGAAUGGACCAAUAGCAACGAAGCUCAGGAGCUGGAUCUGGAUCGACAGGCCAACAUGAAUAAAGUGGGGGUUGUACCUCCCAGGACCAAGUCUCCCCUGGAGGAUCAGGGCCAAUCCUACGACCAUGGAAUCUCCCGACGCAACGGCAAGGUGCCUAAUGGAAUCUCCAGGGAGCGUCCGAAGAGUGCGGUGUUCCCGGCGGAGGUGAAGUCCAAGAUGAGCGUUGAGGAGCAAAACGAGCGUAUCCGUAGGAACCAGAGCAGCUCCGUCAGGGACAAGAGACGCAGCCUGAACCUGGGUAGCCAGGCUGGUACCAACUACAGAGUGGUGAGGCGGAGGCUGACAACCCAUGAGGUGGACAUCAAGGACCUGGAGGCUGCAGUACGGGGGGAGGGGGUACAAGAGUCACCCCGGGAGGAGAUUGCUCGCCUCAGACGGUUACAGAUGGAACCUGACCAGUACAACCUGGACAUCAGCAAAGAGCUGUGUACUCCAGACAAGAUUCUGAUUCUGGAGCGCUACCUGGACGUGGACACUCCUCUCAGCCCAGAGGAGCAAAAGGAGAAACAGAAGAAAGUAGAGAGGAUCAAGACGCUCAUUGCCAAAUCAAAUCUCCAGAACGUGGUUCCCCUAUUGGACGGUCCUACUGAGGGGGCUGGUUCCCACCACCAGGGUAACCCAGAGCAGCAGCUCCAGGACCAGGAGAAGAGGAUUGAGAUCUCCUGUGCCCUGGCCACCGAGGCCUCGCGACGCUCCCGUCUGCUCUCCGCCCAGUGCGCCCCCAGCCCCCUCGCCUCCCCGACCAGCCUGGCCCCUCCCCCCUCCUCCACUGGCUUCUCCGACUCCGCCCACAUCAUGAAGGUGUGA